GGUUUGAUUGAAGCUUGCAACCUCUGCCUGCAGUAUAAAAGCUCUUGCUUGAUUAUUCGUAAUUCUGCACUCUCUGCAAAUAAUUUCUCUCCGUUAUAGGCACUUGUCCCCUGCAACCACAAUAUGAAUGCGCUUUCAAAACGAGCGGCCCAGAAUGUAGGAGCCUACAUCGGUCACCUUCCUGUAUCACUCACCGAGGUGGUAGAUGAUAGCAACUGGAUUGAUCUCUCCUUUGCCGAGAACUAUACAAUCCGGAAAGAAGCACUUGAGAUCUUUCGUGAUGCAGUCGCAACUCAAGUAGGGGAAUCAGAUCUUAACUGGCCGCAUGGGUUCUGGGGCGAAGCCCGUCUUCUUACAGCUCUAUCUUCGCUCUUCAACGCGUAUUUUGCCCCAUUCGAGCCUGUGGAAAACCAUCAUGUUGUAUUGACAGCAGGAGCGGCUGGCUCACUUGAUGGCUUAGCAUGGAGUCUUUGUGACGCGGGAGAGGGUGUACUUGUUCCUUGCCCUUACCAUGCAGGCGCUUACGAGGUCUUUCUCAGCAUUCACACCGGUAUCAUCCCAAUCCCAGUUAAUGUCGGCGCUCUCGACGACGUUUUCGGUGAGGGCAUGAUUCCAACACUAGAAAAGGGGCUCCGGAAUGCAACUGUGCCCGUCAAGGCAAUGGUGCUGACAAAUCCACACAACCCGCUGGGCCGAUGCUACAGCAAACAGAACCUCAUUGAUCUGAUGAAAUUUUGUCAACGUCACGAUCUGCACCUCAUUUCAGACGAAGUUUUCGCGUUGAGCGAGCAUGAAUGCAACGAUCUUCGUCAGCCCAGGAAGUUUACUUCGGCUUUGGCCAUCGACGCUCGUGCACACGGAUGUGAUGCCAGCAAGAUUCAUGUAAUUUGGAGCAUGAGCAAAGAUCUUGGUGCCACUGGAGCGCGUUUAGGAUGCGUUGUAACGCGUAGCAAAGAUGUGCGUGACUCCAUUGCUCUCAUUGCGCACACCAGCGUCUCGAAUCUCACUAUCCUGUUCGCCCGGGCUCUCUUGACGUCCCCGCAGCUCCAUGAGAUAAUUCAACUUAACUCAUCACGGCUAACAGCCGCGUAUGGGCGAAUCAAGGCUUUUUUUGAAGAAAACUCCAUUAAAUAUCUCCCUUGCGAAAUGACAACAUUUGUAUUGGCAAGGCUUGCGCCUUACAGCCAGAAAAGAGACGACGACAAAGCAGCGGUUGCCUUCUAUCAAAAGGCGGGUAUUCUCCUUUUCUCGGCCUCUGACUAUCACAUGCCUCCAGAAUUUCAAGGGUAUAUGCGUGUUUCCUUUGCUGUUGAGCCAGAGAGACUUGAUAUUGCCAUAGAUCGAUUGAAGAUAGCUUAUCAGAUAUACAUUACACACGGUUCAUCUAUUUUAGAAUCAACAACAUAAGAUGAAUUAAAUCUUAUAAUAAUAACAAUUUUAUAUAUAAUGAUACUAGAUGUCGGGGAAAAAGGAAUUUUCAGACUAUUAAUUCAUAGAAGCUUUUUUUCUUAUUUUUGAGAUAUAUAAAACCUACCUCUUAUACGAGAUGUGUUUUACCUAGUAAAAUAAGUACAGCGAUAUUUUUUAUAUGGGAAAAUAACUCUAACA